AAGGCCCAGUGUUGUCAGCUAUUGGCUUCAGCCAUUUCAGCUAUCAAUUUCAGCAUCUCCAGCGGCCGAAUUCAUCUUACAACAUUCACUGUAGCAUUAUCGUGGGUAAUAUUCUAGUGUGUGUGGAUUUCUAGAAAAUCGUAAAUAUUUACUUUUAGGCUGUGAUUGUUACCGACCACGCCCCCCAUCAGAGGAGGAAACAGUUUUUUUGGCCAUCACAUGAAAAGGUUUGGGGUCUCCUGCUCUACAUGGAAAGAAGCGCUGUGAGUGAUAAGUGCGCCGCGCGUGCGCGUGUGAGGUGGAUGUUUUGCAGUUCAGUGUUCUAUAUUUACUCCAUGGAUGAGCUGAUGGUUGAUGGGCUGUCUGCGGCGCACUGCUUCUGCGCAGCUCGAGGCUUCAUUUCCCAUCGGUCCCCUCAUGCAGAAGGAAUUCCCGCCUUUGCUGGAGAAGGGAUGGAUGAGACCGGAAUGAAUCGGUGAGGACGGGGUGGCGGAAAACCCGCGCGCUCAUCGGGGAAGGAGCGGAUGGUGGGGGAGGGAGGGAGGGGCUGCCUCUCACGUUACCGGGAUGUAGUGAAGUCAGCAGAGCCCCGAUGGCGCUGCGCGCGCGCCUCUUCAUCCAAGUGUGACCCAACUACCCCCCCGCGUAAACCCGCUCGGACUCCUUUACGCAGAGAGCUGCAGGAAAUGCGCACCGACGCGCAACCGGAGCUUGGAGAGGCGGCACCGCCGCGCGCCGAUGGUCGGUCAGGGCCGUGAGUGACCACGGCAGCUGCGAGGCUGGAGGAAGAUCCUCCCGCGGGAGUUCUCACUCGUGAAGGGGAGGUAAGGAGCGCGCGCACCCCGCUGCGCCCGGCGGCUGUUGAGGAGCAAAUACCUGGAGGACCGACUCCACCUGCAGCCACUAUCCACGGAGCAGCGCGCGCGCGUCAAUGUUGUCCAGGAAAGGACUCAUCCCGGAUGAUUACCUGCUGACGCGCCUGGCUGAGGAUGUCCUGCAGCCAAAGUUUAAGGCCAGACAGGGAAAGGCGCGCUUCGUGGCCAAGAACGGAACCUGCAACGUAGCGCACACCAACAUCCGGGAGCAGGGCCGCUUUCUGCAGGACGUCUUCACCACUCUGGUGGACCUGAAAUGGCUCCACACGCUCGUCAUCUUCACCAUGUCCUUCCUGUGCAGCUGGCUCCUCUUCGGGAUGAUCUGGUGGCUCGUUGCCUUUGCGCACGGGGACCUGGACCGGAGAGGAGACGGCUUCAUCCCGUGCGUAACGGACAUCCACUCCUUCUCCUCGGCGUUCCUCUUCUCCAUAGAGGUCCAGGUCACCAUCGGUUUCGGGGGCCGGAUGAUCACGGAGGAGUGCGUGUCCGCCAUCAUCAUCCUCAUCGUGCAGAACAUCGUGGGUCUGGUCAUCAACGCCAUCAUGCUGGGCUGCAUCUUCAUGAAAACCGCGCAGGCCAACCGGCGCGCGGAGACGCUGAUUUUCAGCAAACACGCCGUCAUUUCCGUCCGGAACAACAAGCUGUGCUUCAUGAUCCGCAUCGGGGACCUGCGCAAGAGCAUGAUCAUCAGCGCCACCGUGCGCAUGCAGGUGGUGCGGCGGAGCACCACCGACGAGGGGGAGGUGGUGCCGCUGGACCAGGUCGACAUCCACCUGGAUAACCCGGUGGGCACCAACGGGAUCUUCCUGGUGUCCCCCCUCAUCAUCUCCCACGUGAUCGACAAGGACAGCCCCCUGUACGAGCUGUCCCCGUCAGACCUGCAGCACCAGCACGUGGAGGUGGUGGUGGUUCUGGAGGGGGUGGUGGAGACCACCGGCAUCACCACGCAGGCGCGGACCUCCUACGUGUCCGAGGAGAUCCUGUGGGGGCAGCGCUUCGUGCCCACCGUGUCGGAGGAGGACUGCAAGUACGCGGUGGACUACUCCAAGUUCGGAAACACCGUGAAGGUUCCGACGCCCUGCUGCAGCGCCAAGCAGCUGGACGAGGCGGGGGGGCUGGCCCGCUUCAAGCUGAGCGAGGGCGCCCCCGCGCGGCCGUCGGUCAGGCGGCGGCGCGCCUCCGCGGGGGCCCAGAAGUCCCGUGUGGAGAAGCUGUGAAGAUCAGAGCGAUCAGCACGUUUAUAGCAUGACUCAGCAAAAAAACCCCGAACUCUAUGGAGCCAAAUUGGGGCCAAUAUUUUUUGAAAACCAAAUAAAACAACGAAAAAACUUUGGUGUUUGGUCAAUAAAAUGAAAAUGUCCGAUGUUUUUUGCUAUUCUAAAAAAUAUUUUCAGUUUCAAUUUCAAAACCUUUUUCCAUUUCAAAUCUUUUUUUUCCCCACUAUCAACUCAUUAUUUUUUUUCGGUUCUGAAUCUGAAAAUGUCAGCACCAGGACUGAAGUUACUCCCUGAUCAAUUUUGAUUGGUCCUUCAUGUUGGCCCUGCCCCAAUGCACCACAGCAGGGGCAAAAGUUUUGAAACUGAAAUGUUCAGAUUCUACAGGAAAAAAAGAGUUGAAAGCGAAACAAAUAAAGAUAAUUGAAAAAAAAUUGAAAUUUUGAGUUUUGAAACCUAAAAAACAUGUUGAGAAUAAUUACAUUUAUUUUAGAAUUGCAAAAAUACGGAUAUUUUAUGGAAAUUUGUUGGCCAUACAUCAAUUUUUUGAAUUUGUUUUAUUUGGGUUUCAAAUAAUACAGGCAUCAAUUUAGCUCAAUGUAAACCCAAAUAAAAGAAAUAAAAAAAAAUGUUUUGCGAAAAAAAAAAAAAA